GCCCUAGGGCAUGUCAGCAUCUUCCUGUCCUCUGUUUCUCAAUCUCGCACUCGAUCUCUUCGGCCGUGAUUGAUGAAGUGGCAGAGUGAAGAAAACGGAUCCUAAAGUCCUCCAAUUGUUCGUGAAUCUUUUGGCCUCUUCAUGCUCAACAGUUGACUACUCAUGAAUCUCUUCAGCCUCUUCGUGCUCGACAGCUCUUAACUUCACGUUUGACGGCUGCUCGAGUUUCUUGGCCUCUUCAUGCUCGACUGCUCAUGAUUUCAUCCCCUCCUCUGUAAGUGACUGCUACACUUCCAGCCUGCAUCUAGUCUUAGUCAUCUGCCAUCGUCAAUCUUCAUUAACAGAUAUAACCCGACAACGCACACAAUCUCGUACUACUAGUGGCUAGUGAGAAGCGCACCGUUUCUCUUCGUCGACGAACAAGCAUUUCACACUACGCCGUCCACCGUUGUCAUCGCUGCGCGUUCUCGAGCAAGUAGUGAAGAAGAGAUGGAUAGAGUCAUGGCAAUGAACCAUGCCAGGUUUGUAAGUGGCAUCCUUGUUAGCAAGGAGGCUGUUGGAGUUGCUUGCCACCGAACAUUUGCUACAGGUAAGGCAAAGAAAGGAUCUAAAGGGGGCGCCGCAUCUGAUGCACCGAAAGCGUCCACUCUUAGCAAAGAAGUCAAGUCAACUACUGUAGUUGGUGCCAACAUCCUCAAGGACGGAGCGGAUCCAAAGAUACUGCCUGAUUCUGAAUACCCUGAUUGGUUGUGGCACCAGCUUGAUAAACGCCCCGCGCUAAGUGAAUUGAGAAGGAAGAAUAUUGAAACGCUCCAUUAUGCAGAUCUAAAACGCUUCGUUAAGCUGGACAAUCGAGCAAGAAUUAAGGAGAACAACUCUGUCAAGGCCAAGAACUGAUUUUACGAUAGAAAAAACAGAAGAGGGUAAGGGAUGUUAUUUCUUCAAGUACUGUGAAUUUGUCUUCUAAGAAUUUUCAUUAAUGAACUUUCAUUUAUGGAGAUUGUAAUGUGAAAAACAUACGAUGAAGACAUGCUUUAACAAUUUCUGUA